UCAAAUAAAUGAAGAAGGAAAACUAUAGAGAAGCUUUCUUAAGGGGCAAAUUUCGUAAUUCACUUCAUCUUUCCCGCGACCUCCGCGUUUAUUCGACUUGUAUUGCAUUUCCCUAUAUCCCAUUUUUUCUGGUUCUCUUUUCACCUUCCAUUUGAAAAAGAAAAAAAGAGCUUUCCAUUUUCUCUGUCAGAAAGAAAAUCGUCGCCGAUUCGACUCAUCCGCGUCCGAGUCGGCUCACCGCACUCGGAGCUCGUCGCCAUUACCGAACUCUCAGAUCGCAGGAACAGUGCAGCUAGGGCUUCGAAAUCUCAAGCAGGUUCAGCUUCCACUAGCCAUGGCUAGGGUUUACGACAAUUGGGAGAGACUGGUCCGAGCGACGCUGAAGCGAGAGCAGCUCAGAGCAGCAGGCCAAGGCCACGGGAGGACUCCCAUUGGCAUCGCCGGCGCAGUUCCGCCGUCGCUUGGGAAGACGACUAACAUCGAAGCGAUCUUACAAGCCGCCGAUGAGAUUCUGUCCGAGAAUCCCACCGUCUCAAGGAUACUGUGUGAGCAGGCAUAUAGUAUGGCGCAAAAUUUGGACCCUAGCAGCGAUGGUAGAGGUGUUCUUCAGUUCAAGACCGGUUUAAUGUCUGUGAUUAAGCAAAAACUUGCGAAAAGGGAUGGGGGGCGGAUAGACCGUAAUCGUGAUAUUGAGCACCUUUGGGAAUUUUACCAACGGUACAAGAGACGGCAUAGAGUGGAUGAUAUGCAGAGAGAGGAACAAAGAUUGCGGGAGUCCGGAAGUUUUAGUGCUAACUUUGGAGAGUUGGAACUUAGAUCUUUAGAGAUGACAAGGAUAGUUGCUACCUUGAAGGCCUUAGUUGAGGUCAUGGAGGCCCUUAGCAACGAUGCAGAUCCUGAUGGAGUUGGUAGACUUAUUAAGGAUGAGUUGCGAAGAUUAAAAGCCUCUGAAGCAACAUUAUCUGCGGAGCUCAUACCAUAUAAUAUUGUACCUCUUGAAGCGCCAUCACUGACCAAUGCCAUCGGUUUCUUUCCAGAGGUUAGAGGUGCAAUAUCGGCUAUUAGAUAUUGCGAACACUUCCCUAGACUUCCAGCUGAUUUUGAAAUAUAUGGGCAACGAGAUGCAGACACGUUUGAUCUUCUGGAAUAUGUGUUUGGUUUCCAGAAAGACAACAUAAGGAACCAGAGAGAACACGUUGUUCUUGCCAUUGCAAAUGCACAGUCUCGACUUGGCAUACCUGUUGAGGCUGAUCCAAAAAUAGAUGAGAAGGCAAUCAAUGAGGUAUUCUUGAAGGUGCUGGAUAAUUAUAUCAAAUGGUGCAAAUACUUGCGGAUACGCAUUGCUUGGAAUAGUUUAGAAGCAAUUAAUAGGGACCGGAAAAUUUUUCUGGUUUCAUUAUACCUUUUGAUAUGGGGUGAAGCUGCAAAUGUCCGUUUCCUUCCUGAGUGCAUUUGCUAUAUAUUUCACCACAUGGCUAAAGAGUUGGACGCAAUAUUGGAUCAUGGAGAAGCUAAUCCUGCUGCCAGCUGUGUAACUGAAACUGGUUCUGUGUCCUUCCUUGAGAAAAUCAUUUAUCCUAUAUAUCAGACAAUGGUUGAUGAAGCUGAUAGAAACAAUAGUGGGAAAGCUGCACAUUCAGCAUGGCGGAAUUAUGAUGACUUCAAUGAAUAUUUUUGGUCACCUGCAUGCUUUGAGUUAGGCUGGCCUAUGAAGAGUGAUUCAUCGUUUCUCUUGAAACCUCACAAAAAAGGGAAGAGGACUGGUAAAAGCACUUUUGUUGAGCAUCGGACAUUUCUUCACUUGUACCGAAGUUUUCACCGUUUGUGGAUAUUUCUGGCUUUAAUGUUCCAGGCUUUAGCAAUUAUAGCCUUCAAUGACGGGACAAUAAAUUUGGAUACUUUUAAAAGUGUACUUAGCAUUGGGCCAACUUUUGCUAUCAUGAGCUUUCUUGAGAGUUGUUUGGAUGUGGUGCUCAUGUUUGGGGCUUACACCACCGCGAGAGGCAUGGCUAUUUCAAGGCUAGUAAUUAGGUUUUUCUGGUUUGGCUUGAGCUCUGUGUUUGUGACAUAUGUUUACUUAAAGGUUCUGGAGGAAAGAAAUGGCCGGAACUCUGAUAAUUCAUUCUACUUCAGAAUAUAUAUACUUGUACUGGGCAUUUAUGCUGCAUUACGCCUAGGCUUGGAUCUCUUACUUAAAUUCCCAGCAUGUCAUGUGCUAUCUGAAAUGUCUGACCAAUCGUUCUUCCAAUUCUUUAAGUGGAUUUAUCAGGAGCGUUACUAUGUCGGACGUGGGCUCUAUGAGAGUCUGAGUGAUUAUUGCAGGUAUGUACUGUAUUGGCUGGUGAUCUUCAUAUGCAAGUUCACUUUUGCUUACUUUCUCCAGAUUAAACCUCUCGUUGAUCCCACCAAGGAUAUUCGGGAGCUUGUGCGUUUGGACUACUCAUGGCAUGAUCUUAUCUCAAAAAAGAAUAAUAAUGCCUUGACCAUCGUUAGCCUUUGGGCUCCUGUUGUGGCUAUCUAUCUCAUGGAUAUCCACAUAUGGUACACUAUUAUGUCAGCCAUUGUUGGUGGUGUAAUGGGUGCACGUGCUCGAUUAGGCGAGAUACGUUCAAUUGAAAUGGUGCACAAACGUUUUGUGAGUUUUCCAGAAGCUUUUGUCAAGAAUCUUGUCUCUCCACAAACAAAUAGGCUGCCCUUUAACAGGCAGGCACCUCAGGAUUCUCAGGAUAUGAACAAGACAUAUGCUGCCAUGUUUUCUCCAUUUUGGAACGAGAUCAUUAAAAGUCUGCGUGAAGAAGAUUAUAUUAGUAAUAGGGAGAUGGAUUUGCUUGCUUGUCCUAGCAACACAGGAAGUCUAAGAUUAGUACAGUGGCCUUUAUUUCUUCUUAGCAGUAAGAUCUUGUUGGCUGUUGAUUUGGCCUUGGAUUGUAAAGACACACAAGCAGAUCUUUGGAAUAGAAUAUGUAGGGAUGAAUACAUGGCAUAUGCGGUUCAGGAAUGCUACUAUAGUAUUGAAAAGCUCUUAUAUUCUUUGAUUGAUGGUGAAGGAAGACUCUGGGUUGAAAGAAUCUAUCGUGAGAUCAACAACAGUAUUUUGGAGGGUUCGCUUGUUAUAACCUUAUCUCUUAAGAAGCUUCCUCUGGUGUUAUCAAGAUUUACAGCUCUUACUGGUCUCCUGUUACGAAAUGAAGAUCCUGAACUUGCUAAAGGGGCUGCAAAAGCUUUGUUUGAUCUAUAUGAAGUUGUGACGCAUGAUCUGCUGUCAUCUGAUUUAAGGGAGCAACUGGAUACAUGGAACAUUUUAGCAAGAGCAAGAAAUGAAGGGCGGCUGUUUUCUCGAAUAGAAUGGCCCAAAGACCCAGAAAUUAAAGAGCUAGUGAAGCGGUUGCAUCUUCUGCUCACCGUAAAGGACUCUGCGGCUAAUAUUCCGAAGAACCUUGAAGCAAGAAGAAGAUUAGAGUUUUUCACAAAUUCAUUGUUUAUGGACAUGCCUUCAGCCAAACCAGUUAGUGAAAUGAUGCCUUUCAGCGUCUUCACCCCAUACUACAAUGAGACUGUACUUUAUAGUUCCUCUGAAUUGCAAAAGGAAAAUGAAGAUGGAAUAUCAAUUCUUUUCUAUCUCCAGAAAAUUUUUCCAGAUGAAUGGAAAAACUUUUUGGAACGGAUUGGUCGGCCAGAUUCAACGGCAGAUGCAGAAUUGCAGAAAAUUUCAAGUGAUUCUUUGGAGCUUCGGUUUUGGGUAUCCUACCGGGGACAAACUCUAGCUAGGACUGUGCGCGGUAUGAUGUACUAUAGAAGGGCUUUAAUGUUACAAAGCUAUUUGGAAAGGAGAUCGCUGGGAGGUAUUUUAAGGACUUCUGAAUACUUCAUCGUCUAUCAUGUGGUCAUGGACAUUUUAUUUAUUUAUUUAUUUUUAUCACAUCUUUUUCCUGUUCCAAUAGUGGAUGGAUAUUCUCAGUCCAGCAUCCCUACUAGUCAAGGUUUCGAGUUAUCACGUGAAUCACGGGCACAAGCAGAUAUAAAGUUCACGUAUGUGGUGUCGUGCCAAAUUUAUGGGCAACAGAAGCAGAGAAAGGUGCCAGAGGCUGCUGAUAUAUCUCUUUUGUUGCAGAGGAAUGAGGCACUUCGAGUUGCUUUCAUACAUGAGGAAGAGAGUGGUGCAACUAAUGAAAAGGUUUCAAGAGAAUUUUAUUCAAAGCUUGUGAAAGCUGACAUACAUGGAAAAGAUCAGGAAAUAUUUUCAAUUAAACUUCCUGGUAAUCCAAAGCUUGGUGAGGGGAAGCCUGAAAACCAAAACCACGCAAUAAUCUUCACUCGUGGGGAGGCUGUUCAAACUAUUGACAUGAAUCAGGAUAACUAUCUUGAGGAGGCAAUGAAAAUGAGAAAUCUUCUUGAGGAAUUUCAUACAAGUCACGGCCUUCGGCGUCCAAGUAUUCUUGGUGUUAGAGAGCAUGUCUUUACGGGAAGUGUCUCAUCGUUAGCAUGGUUUAUGUCAAAUCAAGAAACCAGCUUUGUGACCUUGGGCCAACGUGUCUUAGCAUAUCCUCUCAAAACUCGCAUGCACUAUGGGCAUCCAGAUGUUUUUGACCGCAUAUUUCACAUAACUCGAGGUGGCAUUAGCAAGGCAUCGCGUGUUAUUAAUAUUAGUGAAGAUAUCUUUGCAGGGUUCAACUCAACUUUGCGGCAGGGCAAUAUUACACACCACGAAUAUAUUCAGGUUGGAAAAGGAAGGGAUGUUGGCUUGAACCAGAUUGCUCUGUUUGAAGGAAAAGUUGCUGGAGGAAACGGGGAGCAAGUUCUAAGUAGGGAUGUCUACAGACUUGGACAACUUUUUGAUUUCUUUAGGAUGCUUUCUUUCUUCUUCACGACUGUUGGUUACUAUGUUUGCACUAUGAUGACAGUCAUCACGGUGUACAUAUUCUUGUAUGGAAGGGUUUACCUGGCUUUCUCUGGAGUUGAUGAACAAAUCGUAAAGCAAGCGAAAAGAUAUGGUAACACAGCACUGGAUGCUGCUUUAAAUGCACAGUUCUUGGUUCAGAUUGGAGUGUUUACGGCAGUCCCAAUGAUUGUUGGGUUCAUACUGGAACUGGGAUUGCUGAAGGCAGUUUUCAGCUUUAUUACAAUGCAGCUGCAAUUAUGUUCUGUGUUCUUCACUUUCUCAUUAGGAACCAGAACUCACUAUUUUGGACGUACCAUUCUCCAUGGAGGUGCAAAAUACCGAGCAACUGGUAGGGGCUUUGUUGUCCGCCACAUCAAGUUUGCUGAGAACUACCGGCUCUACUCAAGAAGUCAUUUUGUCAAGGCGCUUGAAGUGGCUCUGCUUCUCAUUGUUUACAUUGCAUAUGGGUACACUGGCAGAGGGGCUACUUCCUUUGUUUUGCUUACUCUUAGUAGUUGGUUUAUGGUCAUUUCCUGGCUCUUUGCGCCUUAUAUCUUCAAUCCUUCUGGUUUUGAGUGGCAAAAAACGGUGGAGGAUUUUGAUGAUUGGACCAGUUGGCUUCUCUAUAAAGGUGGUGUCGGAGUGAAGGGAGAUGAUAGCUGGGAGUCUUGGUGGGAUGAAGAGCAGCUGCAUAUCCAAACACUGAGAGGCCGUCUACUGGAAACCAUUUUGAGCUUGAGAUUCCUCAUGUUUCAAUAUGGGAUUGUGUACAAGCUCCACCUCACUGCAGAGGAUACAUCACUUGCGGUUUAUGGAUUUUCCUGGAUUGUGUUGGUUGCCAUUGUCAUGGUUUUCAAGAUCUUUACUUACAGCCCUAAAAAGUCAUCGAGCUUCCAGCUUGUGAUGCGAUUCAUGCAGGGCGUCACAUCCUUGUCACUUGUUGCAGCCAUAACCCUUGUUGUUAUAUUCACUGAUCUCUCAAUAGCUGACUUAUUUGCUAGCAUCCUUGCAUUUAUUCCUACUGGCUGGGCUAUUAUUUGUCUGGCUAUCACUUGGAAGAAGGUGGUCAGGAGUCUUGGUUUGUGGGACUCGGUCCGCGAAUUCUCCAGAAUGUAUGAUGCUGGGAUGGGUAUGAUCAUUUUUGCUCCUAUAGCAGUCUUAUCAUGGUUCCCAUUCAUCUCCACCUUCCAGUCCCGACUUCUGUUCAACCAAGCAUUCAGCCGCGGGUUGGAAAUCUCCAUCAUCCUUGCUGGAAACAAAGCAAAUGUCGAUGUCUAAGUGAUCCGGGUAGUUUCUGGGGAAGUAUUCGGGUUCUAGGUCUCUCUUUUAUUGUAUAUUUUCUUGUCAGUGUUUCUAUCUUCAAGGUCAUUCUUUUGUUACUCGGUCCUGAGGAUCCGACAUUGUGGCAGCUGUAUAUUUGAUCGUAAAAAUGUUGUAGCAUUUUUGUAGAGAAAUGUAUGUUUUUUCCCAGACUACCUCGGUUCCCUCCUUGUAAAUAUUGGACCUUAAUACUGUGCCAAUAUUUUGAUAUUUUUGUUUCACUGAUCUUUAUCUAGUAGCGAGUAUUCUUAAUACCAAA